UCAGCUCACCUACAAACACGAAACAGCGUCGUUUUACCAGAAUUUGAAACUCCUAAUCCGAACAGCACAGCCACAGACAUUCUGCAGAUACUCAGGAUGAUGACUCAGGAAUGAAUGUUAUUACUACACCGAAAAAACUGUAAGAAUUUCAAUCUUACGUAAUUCUGCGUCAGAAUUGAAACUUUUCUUACACAAUUUCUAUCAGACAGCACUCAGAACUUCAAAUUUCUCCAAUUUUGAACUCAUUUCAAAUUAAUGGCACUACUAACCCAACACUCAAACCCCAUUAAUCCAUCACCCUCCACUGCAUAUACUAAGUAUUUAAAUCCUAAUUCUUCAUCACUUCCAUUUCCACUCAAAAUUCAAACCAACAAACACUUGUUCAGCUCCAUUGUUCCGUUAAGAACUUGCAAUCUUCAACACCCGUUGCCAAUUUUUUCAAGAAGAAUGGUUAUUCCUGCCGUAUCUGGUAUCUGGGAUGCCCUCUCCGGCGGCGGCAAUAAUGUCCGUGACGCCGUUUUGGCAGUUACACGGGGAAUGGAACUCUUUAGACAGGGUGAUGUUUCAGGGUCUCUAGUGGAAUUUGAUAAGGCAAUGGAGUUGGAUCCUCGUCAAAAAGCUUAUCUUUGGCAAAGGGGCUUAUCACUUUACUAUCUUGAUAGGUUUGAGGAAGGAGCCGAGCAGUUUCGGUUUGAUGUUGCACAAAAUCCAAAUGAUACAGAGGAGUCCAUAUGGUGCUUCCUAUGUGAAGCUCAGCUGUAUGGAGUUGAUGAGGCAAGGAGGCGGUUCCUUGAGGUUGGCAGAGAUCGAAGACCUUAUAUGCGAGAAGCUUAUAACAUGUUUAAAGAUGGUGGUGAUCCUGAAAAGCUUGUUGCUGCAUUUCCAGAUGGCGGCGAGUUUUUUUAUGCUUCUUUAUAUGCCGGGCUUUAUUAUGAAUCUCAGAACGAACCAGAUGCAGCCAAAUUGCAUAUAGUUGCUGCUUGUAAAUCUCCUUACGGACAAGGGUCUGAUUAUAUGGCUGCUCUUGCCAAGGUCCAUUGUCAAUGUCGGAACUGGAGCAUCGACUGAAUACAUUUCUCAUGUGCAGGGGCGAAGCUAGAAACUACUUCAAAGGGGGGCAAAUUUUAUAAUUUAGUAUCAAUAAAAGAAUAAAAAAAUAAGGUGGUCAAUAUGUACUAAAAUAAAUCUAAUUUGCAUAAUUUAAACUGAUUAGUAUAAUAACACUAAUGUAAUUAUUUUCGGAGAAGGCGUUGAAUUGACCACUAUUCUCUCAAGGGGCUUCGCCGCUUUGUAGAUAAAGCUGCCAAGUAUAAAAUAUUCAGCAUCAAAAUAUUAGAACUUCUGUGAGAAUAUUCUUUGAGUAAUUCGAUUGAUGCCAUUUUAUGUGCUCUAA